CCCUCUUCUUGAUCGCCGACGUGUAGCAGCCAAACCGCUUGCAGCUCCAACCAAACCUUUGCCAAACCAUCAACUUUUGAACGCAACAUCCCUCCCAUCAUGCAUUUCUCGCCCGAGUGCCUCGCUCUCUUCAACAACAUGCAGCGUGGCAAGGCCAACCAUCGUUUUGUCAUCUUCACCAUGAACGACCAGGGCUGCGUCGACAUUUCGCAGCUUGGCAGCGAGACCGCCGAGUUUGACGAGUUUGUUGCAGCAUUGCCAGCGAACAAGGCGCGCUAUGCCCUGUACAACCUCCAGUACACCGCUCAAGACACCAGCACUCGAGUGCUCGUUGCUCGCCACAAGCUCAUCUUUGUGCAAUGGAUUCCCAACGAAUGCAGCGGCAAGGACAAAAUGUUCUACGCCAUCAACGCUCCAGGCGUGCGUCUCGCCGGCCCGAGCACAAACACUUGCGUCCAGGCCUGCAGCAUGGCCGACCUCGAUCUUGAUGCGAUCAAGCAGUCUGCCGCACGCUUUGAGGCCGAGAAGCUUGUUGUCUGAAUGGACGAGCGCAAAAAAAAAAAAAAAAAAAAAACUUGAAAAUGUUUUGAUUUGGUUGUUUCUGUGGUGCUUUGAGUUUCUGAGUAAAAAUAAUUGUAAUGUUGAGUAAGUUAUGAAAAGGAAAGUGCUCAGAUUUUGUUUAAGAGCAUUGCUGAAAGAAAGAAAAAGAGAAAUCGUUUUGUUCGUUAAAAAAUAAAAAAAAAAAGUAGCUGCAGUAAGACUACCCCAUUGCCUCUCCUCGGC